AUGUUAUUAGAAGACAAACGUGAUUUAACUAAAUCAAAUGGAGUAUGUAACUAUGCUUUCGGUGGCAAUUCAUAUACCCGUGGGGUACUAUUUAAGGAAACUUAUACACUUGGGCCCAGUUCCAUCACUCACGUUGCUCUAGGGUGCGGGCAUAACAAUGUAGGACAAUAUGAGCAACAGUGCACCGGUAUAAUUGGGCUUGCAGAUAGUCCUCUCUCAUUCAUUGGUCAGACUGAUGCUUUUCUUCAUGGAAGGUUUACAUACUGCCUAGUAUCUGAUCAAUUCGGUUCAAACCCAGAUGCAAGGACUAGUAAGAUUAGCUUUGGACAUAGUCCGGAACGGACUAUUUUCACCUUGUUGUGGAAGAUGCAAAACAAACCAAACUAUUAUAUCAUAUUGAAAUCAAUCAUCAUUGGAGAUACAGUAAUUCCAAUGGGAGGACUAUCCGCUAACUUCAUGUUGGACACAGGCUCUGCUCUAAGCUAUUUGCCCACCAAAGCGUAUCAUAUAUUGGUGUAUGCAUUAAAAGAAAGGAUUGGUAAAAGAUCAUUAUAUGUUGGUAAUGAACUUUGCUAUAAAAUUAACACCAGUAUCCCUAUAAUCACCCUCCAAUUUGAUAAUGGCCCUGAAUUAGUUUUGUCAAAGAAGAACACUUUUAUUAAAUACGACGAAAAUAAGGUGUGUCUGGCAAUAAAACCAGAUGAUGUUUUAUCCAUAUUGGGGAACCGAGCACAAAUAGACUUCUCAAUUGGAAUUGAUAUUCACCGUCGGAUGGUCUCUUUUGAUCCAACUGAUUGUUCAACCCAUGUAAUGCCAUAG